AUGUCUGCCUCCGAAGCCAAGAUAGCGCCGCCCGAAGGCACGCCCUCUGGUGCCAUCGCCGACCAUAGUGCUGUGAUGAAGGAAUCCGAUGCUGGGCUUGAAGUUCAAGAUGCCGAAGCUCCAAAGAACUGGUCGACUGAAGAGCCUCCUCCUGAUGGAGGUUUACAAGCUUGGCUGAUGGUGCUAGGCGCAUGGUGUUCGUUGUUCUGCACCUUCGGAUGGAUCAAUAGUGUUGGAGAGUUCCAAAGUUACUACGAGACAAUUCUUCUUUCCAAGUACUCCGCGAGUACCAUCGCAUGGAUUCCAUCGCUUCAAAUCUUCUUCAUGUUUGCAAUGGGACCUAUCGUCGGCCGACUCUAUGAUAACUUUGGACCUCGCUACGUUCUCAUUGGCGGUUCAAUCCUACACGUCUUCGGCCUCAUGAUGGCAUCCAUCUCGAAAGAAUACUACCAAGUGCUUCUGUCCCAGGGCGUUUGCAGUGCAAUGGGAGUAUGUGCCAUUUUCCAACCAUCGAUGAACUGUAUCCCAAGCUGGUUCGACAAGAAGCGCGGUGCCGUGUACGGAAUUGUCUCCACUGGAUCCAGCUUGGGCGGCGUGAUCUUCCCGAUUAUGGUCAGCCGCAUGAUAGCUGAGGUUGGAUAUGCAUGGGCAAUGCGAACUGCUGCAUUUCUCAUCCUUUUCCUGUUGAGCAUUGCGAUCCUAACGGUUCGGUCGCGAGUGCCGCCGAAGCCUCAGAGCCUAGAUAAGGCCAGCCUUUUUCGGCCUUUCAGUGAAAUCAAGAUGCUGCUCAUUUUCACGGGAUUCUUGUUAUUGACUUUCGGUAUCUUUAUUCCCAUCAACUACCUAGUGAUUCAGGCCAUGGAUGCCGGCAUGAGCUACGCUCUGGCCCAAUACUUGGUUCCGAUAUUGAAUGCAGCAAGUCUCUUUGGCCGGAUGGGUGCUGGUAUUGGCUCUGAUAAGCUGGGUGCCUACAACAUUCUCGUCAGCGCCUGCAUGCUGGCUAGUAUCCUAGUUCUCGCUCUCUGGAUACCUGCCACGAGUAACGCCGCAAUCAUCGUCUUCGCCGCUCUCUUCGGGUUCGCUUCUGGUGCCUAUGUCUCCCUCGCAGCGGCAUUGGUGGUAAAAAUCUCGCCCUUCCCGGAGAUCGGGUACAGAACUGGCUUGUUGUUUUUGUUCUCGUCGUUCGGUGGUUUGACGACCAAUCCUAUUGCAGGGGCUAUUCUCUCUCGAGACCACGGUUCAUAUACGGGCAUGAAGGCUUUUGCCGGGGUUUUCCUUCUUGCUGGAAGCUUUUUCAUCCUGACUACCCGACUUUAUCACACUGGGUUGGUUUUGAAAGCCAAGUUUUGA